AGCAGAAUUUUGGGAUGCGUGGUCCGCCUGGCGGAGGUCUUCCCGGCGGUCAGGGACCAGGGGGGCCGCGCGGAGGGCCUGGCGGUUCCGGCGGGCCUGGCGGACCUGGCGGUGAGCCGCGCGGUCCUCCGCUGAACCUGACGGUCGUCGGGAAUCUGACGGCCGAUAUUGGCGCGCGACUGGCCAAUUGCUCCGAGGACCAGAAGGUUCUUGACGGCCGCUUCCACCUUGCCAUCUUUAAAAACUCCUCUGGCAGCUACAACCUGCUGGUCCACGCGCUCCUCGUCGACGCCGCCGGCAGUCCGCCCGACUCGCUCGCGAUCGUGCAGGGCGCCGCGUGCGACGCUGCCGCCACGGCUGUCCUCUCGCUACCUGUGGCGGCGUCCGACUGGCAGCAGCGCGCGGGCUGGUGGCUGCUGCACGCGGAGGCGCGGCUCGACGCGUUCCUCGAGAAUGCCGACGCCGCCACCGUCGACGCGCUGCUCGCCGCCCUCCCCAACGCCUCGCUUCCCCGCAACAGCGGCCAGGGCAGCGGGAAUGGCAGUGCGCGGGGCGCGGGGGGCGCGCGGAACGGGCAGGGCGGGAGGCGCAUGGGGCUGGGGAUGGGGCGGGAGCUGCUGAUGCGCGCAAUGGGCAAGCAGGCGGGGAAGAAGCAGGGCGGGCAGCAGCAGGGGGGAGCGCAGCAGCCGCCUGCAGGUGGCUUUUCAGGUGGAUUUCCAGGUGGCAAUGGCGGAGUGAACAGCACAGUGAGCGGGUAUGCUGUGCUGGCUGGCAGCAGCGCAGCAGGUGUGACGUGGGGCGGGCAGCUCAUGGGGGCCAAGGUGCCUGCUGCCGCUGCUGCUUGACAUCCUGCCGUCCAUGUGGGGUUUGGCUUGGUACAGCUGUAACGUGAUACAAGCUCCUCAGGCUGAUGCUGCUGCUGAGCUGGGUACGGUGCUUCAAGGAAGAGCGGGAGUUGAGGGCUUCUCGUCCUCUUGCCUAGGGGCCGUGCUUUGUCUCAUGUUUG